AAGUUCUGACGCGGGCGGCAACGGCUAGCAGUCACCGCCUCCAGCAAGUGCCAGAGCCCAGCUGGCUGCGCGGAGGCUGCAGUAGCGGUGGCAGCGGAGCUGGCCCUGCGGGGCCCCGGGGGGGAGGGGGAGCGGCAAAGCCCCGGCUGAGGCUGCUGCUGCGGGGCCUCCCCUCCCCCCCCGGAGGGCGCCAUGCGGGGGGGUCCAGGUGACGCGGAGCGGCGGCAGCGCUGGGGUCGCCUCUUCGAGGAGCUGGACAGUAACAAGGACGGCCGCGUGGACGUGCACGAGUUGCGCCAGGGACUGGCCCGGCUGAGCGGAGGCGACCCGGGCCGAGGUGCCCAACAGGACCUCUCCCCAGAGUCUGGUGCUGACCCAGAUGGCGGGCUGGACCUGGAAGAGUUUACCCAAUACCUGCAGGAGCGGGAACAGCGCCUGCUGCUUCUGUUCCACAGUCUGGACCAGAAUCAGGAUGGUCACAUCGAUGUCUCUGAGAUCCAGCAGAGUUUCCGAGCUCUGGGCAUUUCUAUCUCCCUGGAGCAGGCAGAGAAAAUUCUACACAGCAUGGACCGUGACGGCACUAUGACCAUCGACUGGCAGGAAUGGCGUGACCACUUCCUGUUGCAUUCACUGGAGAAUGUGGAAGACGUGCUCUAUUUCUGGAAGCAUUCCACGGUCCUGGACAUUGGCGAGUGCCUGACUGUCCCUGAUGAGUUCUCAGAGCAGGAGAAGCUGACUGGCAUGUGGUGGAAGCAGCUGGUGGCUGGUGCAGUGGCAGGCGCUGUGUCGAGGACAGGCACAGCCCCUCUGGACCGCCUCAAGGUCUUCAUGCAGGUCCAUGCCUCCAAGACCAACCGCCUGAACAUCCUGGGGGGCCUACGGAACAUGAUCCAAGAGGGGGGCAUGCGCUCCCUGUGGCGUGGCAACGGGAUCAAUGUACUCAAGAUUGCGCCUGAGUCGGCUAUCAAGUUCAUGGCCUAUGAGCAGAUCAAGUGGGCCAUUCGGGGGCAGCAGGAGACACUACAUGUGCAAGAGCGCUUUGUAGCUGGAUCCUUGGCUGGCGCCACAGCCCAAACCAUCAUUUACCCCAUGGAGGUCCUGAAGACACGGUUGACCCUUCGCCGGACGGGCCAGUACAAAGGGCUUUUGGACUGCGCAUGGCAGAUCAUGGAGCGAGAAGGACCCCGUGCCUUCUACCGCGGCUACCUGCCCAACGUGCUGGGCAUCAUUCCCUACGCCGGCAUCGACCUAGCCGUCUACGAGACCCUGAAGAACCGGUGGCUCCAGCAGUACAGCCACGACUCGGCUGACCCGGGCAUCCUCGUGCUCCUGGCCUGUGGCACCAUCUCCAGCACCUGUGGCCAGAUAGCCAGUUACCCCCUGGCCCUGGUCCGGACCCGUAUGCAGGCCCAAGCCACCUGGCCCAGCCCUGCGGGGGUGGGAGGGGGAAGGGAGAGGGGGACCUUUGGCCUGACCUGGCCCCUCAUUCCCUCCCAGCCUCCAUCGAGGGUGCCCCCCAGUUCUCCAUGCUGGGUCUGCUCCGUCACAUCCUGUCCCAGGAGGGCAUACCGGGCCUCUACCGGGGCAUUGCCCCCAACUUCAUGAAGGUUAUCCCAGCUGUGAGCAUCUCCUAUGUGGUCUACGAAAACAUGAAGCAGGCCCUGGGGGUCACAUCCAGGUGAGGGACCCAGAGCUUCCCUCACUAACAUCCCUCCUCAAUCAUGACGUCCCAUACACCUUAGCCACUGGAGACUGAUGGCUCAGCCAGUGGAUCCCAGGUGCCCCCCACUCAAACUACAGGAUCCCCAUACUUCAUCCACUGGGUCCUGCAUCCCACGUUCUAGAUACUGGACCCCAUGUUUCCCUGCCUCCCCUGCCCCAACACACAACACACACGCGCAUGCAUAAGGUCCUGGACCUCCAUGUCUUAGCCAUUGGGUCCCCCACUACUCAAUGAAUUCUGAAACCCCAACCACAGGAACACAUAUCCCCAUAGCUAAGCACCAGACCCCAGCUCCCUCGGGCACUGCAUCCUGGAGUCCUCAUACAGCAGAACCCAGAUCCCCAACCCCACUAGCAGAUCACAGACCUCCAUGCUUCAAGCCAUGGAUUUCCAAGCUUGGCCACUGAAUUUGGAAACCCCAGCCACCAGCUCCUGACAGUGCAAUGCCCAGAUCCUGAGACCCGCACCACUGGAUCCCUGAUCCCCUAGGUCCCUCUGCUUCAACUGCCAGAUCCCUACCUUUCAGCCACCAUACCCUCAACCCCCAGCCCACUGAAUUCCAGAUCCCCAAGGCCUGAGACACUCAAUACUGGCUCUGAAAACCACAACUGUAAGAGCCCAGUGGCAGAGCAAGUGGGUCCCAGCAACUGCAGCGGGACUCCAAAACCUCACUCACAGGAAACAGACCCCGACACCUCCAGGCACUGGAUCCCAGCCCCUGAGCCCCUGGAUUUUGACCUGAAUCCUCCCAGACACUGGCUUCCAAAUAUUCAGGUCCCACAUUUAGAUCCCAGUAGGAUGAUCACAGCAUUCUGGACUGCACAGGUCCCCUGUCUCAGACAUACAUGAGAGCCCAGAGACCUCCCCACCACAACCCAAACCUGGGAGCCAGCAGGACCCCCAGGUCCCUGCCUCUUGGCUCCUGACAUGGCCAGCUUCCCCUCUCAUGCCUUGCACUGACACUGGAUCCCCCCACCUCCUCAGCAUGGCCAUACCUCGGCUCUGUGGGGACACUGCUCCCUCCAACCCUCCCUCGACCUUCUACAGAGUCUUCCACUCCCCACUUUAUAAGCUGAUAACCCCCAGAGCUUGGGUCCCUCUGGAAGAUCCAGCUGCUCUUUCUUGGGGGCUGGCAAUGAGGCAAUCUGAGGUGAGGGCACAUUCAGGGGACCUCCCCCUACCCCCAGCACUAGCAGCCUCUCCUCAGGCUUCAGAGAUGCAAGCCAGGAGCAAGUCUGCACAGACCACCCUUCCCCAAACCCAAGCAUCCAGUUAUGCAAAAUGAACCAAAUCCCCAGAACUCAUUCCAGGUCUAUUUUUCUAAGGAGAGGAGCAGACAUUCCGUCACUGCCCCCCCCCCCACCUUUAUGACUAACCCAAGCCCCAACACCCCUAUACACUCUGCACUUUAGAGUUGGAUUCUGAGCUUAGGAAACUGAGGGACUCCUCCCUCUACUCCUCCCAAGUCCUUGGAGAACCCUGUUAAAGGACUACAGAAGAGGAGAUGCGAUGUCUGUGGGGGGUAGAGGACCUCCUCAAGGCUUCAGCCUCUCCCCAUCUCCCUGCCUGUGUGUGUUAUUUCAAAGAAGAAGAACAAAAGGAAUACAUUUUUCUAAGCUCUU